AUGCGUCUGAAGCAGGGGUUUCGUUCUGAAGACUGGGAUGCACCGUCCAAGCUUGACUGCAGUGUUCCGAGGGUGAGAUGUCGAGAAAGAAUGUCUUCAGUGCAGCCAGUGGGGCUGGGAUGCUCCUCUCCGAUGGUGCGUCAGAAGCGCAGCCGCCGCCGCUGCUCUCAGCUCGUUCAGGAGGAGGGGGGGGGGGGGGGGGAGAGGGGGGCGGGUGGGCUGCAGCGGCUUUAUGUGAUACAGCCUCAUCUGCGCUUUGACAGCCAAUGUGGAUUACUAGUCGUCACAUCGUGGGCAGACAACGUUUAA